AUGUCGACCUCCGCACGACGCCGCUUGAUGCGAGAUUUCAAGCGUAUGCAAACCGAUCCUCCUGCUGGCGUCUCUGCCUCUCCGAUCGCCGACAAUGUCAUGACCUGGUAUGACGACCGUCCCGAGUCCCGAGUCCCUACCCAUCCUAUUCCGUUCCAUUACCAGAACGCCGUCAUCAUCGGUCCCGCGGACACGCCGUUCGAAGAUGGAACAUUCCGCCUCGUCAUGCAGUUCGAGGAAGCCUAUCCCAACAAACCGCCGGGUGUCAAGUUCGUGUCUCAAAUGUUCCACCCUAACGUCUACGGCACGGGCGAGCUGUGCCUAGAUAUUCUACAGAACCGAUGGUCACCUACCUACGAUGUGGCCGCCAUCCUCACCAGCAUCCAGUCUCUGCUCAACGACCCCAACACUUCUUCGCCCGCCAAUGUCGAAGCCUCCAAUCUGUACAAGGACAACCGGAAAGAGUAUACCAAGCGAGUACGGGAGACGGUGGAGAAAAGCUGGGAAGAUUGA